AUGAGCAUAACAUGGACAGAGCAACAAACUACAACUAAAAUAAGACCCCCAUCAUCUAGAAGAGAUAGCGAAGAAGCAAAUAUAAGGAGAUCUUAUAAUAGGUUAAUGAGAAAUUCUCAAGUCCAAAUUACUGCUGAAAAUCAAGAGUUUUUAUCACCAGAAUAUCUUGAUUAUCAAAAGAAAACCAUUAUGACAGAAAUUAAAAAGCUUAAAGAAGAAAUUAAACCACUAAACAAACAAUAUUCAGAAUUACUCGCACAAAAAGAACAUCUUCAACCAGAAAGUGAUGCAGAUACUUCAGGCUUUACAACAGAAUAUGUUGCAAAGAUUUCUGAGGAACAAAAACGUUAUACACAAUUAGAAACUGAACUAGCCAAAACUAGGAGGUUCUUUUCUGAGGCAACCAAGCUAAGAUUACAAUAUGAAUCGAGAUCUUAUUUAGAAGAGAUUAAAAAUUUCAAUGAAUUAAUUCAAAAUAAUCAAAACGCUAUUAACGCCAAACAGAAGCAGAUAUCAUCAAUUACAGAAUCACAAUUAGCAGAUACAAUUAGAGAACAAGAUUCGAAGAUAAACGAACUUUCGAUAUUUUUGAACCAAUUACAUCAAGAAGAGCGAACGCUUAAAGAGAAAAUGCUUGAAUACCUUGAUAAUGCUGCUGCAUCAAGUGAUAAUGCCAAAAUAGAAAUGCUUAGAAAGAAACUUGCAGAUCUAAAGACUAAAAAGAUGCGAUUAAAUGCAGAAUACCGUCGUCAAGAAACUGAUGUAAUGAUUCAAAAAGAUACAUUGAUUUCGCAGAUAGAGAAUAAGAAGAGAAAGAAACAAGAACAAAAUUAUACAAGGAACUGGAAGAAGAAACUAAAUAUAAAGGAAAUAGUUGUUACGGAAGAUGAUUACCCAGAACCAUCGGAAUUACCUCCACUUUAUAAUAAUCAGAAUUAA